CAAGUUUCAUUUUCUAUUCUGAGACUCUCGACCACUCAGCACAGCAAGGAGAGUCAGGGGGUUACCAUGGCUGAAAACCAUGGAAUAAAACCACCACUGAAGAUUUUGGAACGCAUAGGCAAAGAAUAUAUUACUGGUUUUUUGGAAGACAUAGUGCAGAAGAAUGUGCUGAAGUUAGACGAAGAGGCCAAGAGAAAAUUUAUGGAAGCCGAACGUAGAGACAAGGCGAGAGUGUUUGUUGAUUCCAUCCGACAGAAACCACAAGAGGCAGGUCAAGCAUUUCUCCAAGCCUUCUUUAAUCUGGACAAACAUACCAGCAAUGCAAAAGGCUGCACUACAUCAAACAUUCUUCUCCAGCAGCCGUUACUCGUGGACAAGCGGUGUUCUGAGCAGCAGGACACACAUGCAAGCUUGGUAACCAUCGGGGCUGCCUCCUCAGCUGUGUUCUCCUUUGCAUUUGCCCCAGUCACUUUGCAGGUUCACUGCUGUGCUUCAAAUCUGAGAAGACUAGAUAAGAAUCCCAGUGUUUACAAAUCAAAGGUAGUGCAGCAGUUGGGAAUCAGAAUUGAAGAAGACACUCAGAUUGAUUUCAGAAACAGAAGGAGUCACAAGAAGAUCUAUCCAAUAAAAGACAGAAAUGAACGUACUCGUCAGGCUCUCAUCUUAUGCAAUAUAGAGUUUGACCACCUCUGUAUACGGGAAGGAGCCGAACAGGACAUCACAGGCAUGGAGAAGCUGCUUGGGGACUUGGACUACACUGUGACUGUCAAAAAGAAUCUGACAGCCCGGGAUAUGGAGUCAGAACUGAGAGAAUUUGCUGCCAAACCAGAGCACAAGUCCUCUGACAGCACCUUCUUGGUCCUUAUGUCUCACGGCAUCCUGCAUGGGAUCUGCGGAACUCUGCAUAGUGACAAAACCCCAGAUGUGCUUCAGUAUGACACCAUCUUCAACAUAUUCAACAACCGCGCUUGCUCUGGUCUAAGAGACAAGCCCAAAGUCAUCAUUGUGCAGGCCUGCAGGGGUGGAGACCCUGGGGACGUGUGGGUCAGAGAUUCUCCAGCAGCCCUGGAACACAGCCGUGCGCACUCACCUGAGACCCUGGAGUCAGACGCUGUUUAUAUGACCCAUGUGGAGAAGGAUUUCAUCAUUUUCUACUCCACAACCCCACACACGAAGUCUUGGAGAAAUGCUACAAAUGGCUCCUACUUUAUCACACAGCUUAUUGCUGGUUUCCAGAAAUAUGCCUGGUGUGAUCCUCUACAGGAAAUAUUCCGGAAGGUACAACUAGCAUGCGAAAAGCCGAAUGACAUAGCUCAGAUGCCUACUAUUGGCCGAUCCACUGUGGGAAGACUAUUCUACCUCUUCCCUGGCCAUUGAAAACAGUAAGUAGAAAGAGUUACUGUUUCCAGUUCCCUUUCAGUAUUACAUCGUGAACACACCGCUGAAUAUACAGACAGCAGCAAAGGGGACUGGCAGGGCUGUGAGGAGGAAUCUAGAAGAGAUCCCACGAGCGAGGCGGCAGAGGCUGGCUGACACAGGACCCUCACCUUCUGAGCUCCUGCCCUCCCGCAGGAACCACAGGCAGCCACCCUCUGUCCACACAGGAAGGAUACUUGCAAGGAAAGCAUGUGCAUUUAGUGUUGCAUAUUUUAAUUUAUUAUUUCUUU